AUGGCGAUUGAAGAUCUUAUGAACACGCGAAUCCGGUAUCACUACACUGCAGGUCUGGAUUGGGAAUUUGAGAUGUGGUACCGAUCUCCAGAGCGCGUCGUAUAUCGAAUGAUCACAGGAAAACUGGCUGGCCGUGUCAACUAUGUGCGAGCGUGGUACCAAGAGAUUGUUCCAAAGCGGAUAUACAAAAUCUCCUGGCUCGAGGGUAGGCGAAAUUGUGUUCCCAUUCCGACAGAAGAGGUGUUUACUCCUGUGCGCGUAACAGAGACCGGGACAGUUGUCUCGCAAACCAUCGACUUGGAGACAAAGAAGGUCUGGAGUUUUGCGGCUUUCUCAAAAGGUCACCAUAAAGUCCGUGGAUAUUGCGAGCACGUCAUGAAGUCAAAGCUGAACAAUCGACCCUUGAUCGCAGAGAAGAUCAUUCCAACCUUUGCGGUGGGGUGCCGGCGAUUGACACCCGGCCUCGGAUUUCUGGAGGCCUUGACCGAACCCAACGUCGAAUUCGUCGGCACAGAAAUCAAGAGCAUAGAUGAGACAGGUAUUUUGCUCGAAAAUGGUAGAAAGGUCGACUUGGACGUUCUGGUCUGCGCUACAGGAUUCAACGCGGCUCACGCACCGCCCUUCCCUGUCACAGGGGUAAACUCACUAUCCAUGGCAGCCCAAUUCCAGCCGUUCCCCAAGACAUACCUCAGCAUGAUGAUGUCUGGGUUUCCAAACUACUUCUGCGUCCUGGGCCCGAACUCGCUUAUUGGGACCGGUAGCCUAAGUAUGAUGCUCGAAGCACAGGUAGACUACAUCACCAAGUGUAUACGCAAGCUACAGAGGGAGAACAUCCGGUCAAUGGAACCCAACGCGGAACGUGUCAGUGAGUUCUCGGACUACAUUGAUCGCUACUUCAAGAAGACUGUCUACAAGAACGGAUGCAGAAGUUGGUAUCUUAGUGAUGGAGGUACGGGUCCUCGUGUCAUCGGUCUUUGGCCUGGCAGUUGUUUGCACGCCAUCGAAACGUUCCGAUCGCCGAGGUGGGAGGAUUACAACUACGAGUACGAGAAAGACGAGCAGGGAAAGGCGAUCAGUCAUCUGGCGUGGCUCGGUGAAGGCUACACGCAUACUCAGGCGCAUGGUACUGGCGACUUGGCUUUUUAUCUCGAGCCAGAGUAUAAUGAUGUGCCCGCUGCACCGUUUCCGGAGAAGAUACGUAUGUACGAGCUUCGGCCGUACAGCUAUUGA